UGUUAUUGUACUAAAUUACAAUGGCUCAAAAGAGUCAUUACCAAACACAAAAUAUUUAAAGAAAUAUAUUACAAAAAUAUUUACAAAAAAUGAAACUCGAUUCAGGGACCGUAUCAACACUAUCAACGGAAGAAAGAUAUCAUGAGAGAAAAUUAAAUUUUAUAAAGAACUGAAAAUAAAAAAUCAGUAAAUUUAUAACUAUGACAGCAUAUUAAUUACUAUGGAAAUUAAACAGAAUCCACUUCAAACGCAUAUUUCGUCUCGGUUAGAAGAUAAAUCAGUGCGAAACAGUAGAGGUAGACCAAACGCAAGAAACACGAUUGUUUUUAGUCCUCAGCCUAAAUCAACAAUUGCUGAAUUUUUAUCAAAACAUAAAAAGAGUCAAGACAAUGUUUCUAAAGCAAGUCUACAAAUUACUGAAACAAAUGACUGUGAAAAAUAUAAUUUGAUUUGUGGACUUUGUUCUCAUAGGAGUGCUGACAUGAAGAGUCAUAAAAAGCACAUGAUGGAUCAUAAGCAAUUUAUUUGCGACUUUCCUAGUUGUAAAUACAGUUCUAAAUUGUCUUCAAAUCUCUUAAAACAUAAGAGGGUUCACACCAAUGAAAAACCGUAUCUUUGUGAAAAGUGUUCAUUUAGAUCAAACUUCAUCAAUUCUCUCAAAGUCCACAAAAGAACUCAUUCAUCAGAUAGGCCGUAUCAGUGUAAACAUUGUAAUUAUAAAUGCAAUAGUAGUUCAAAUCUUAAAAAACAUUGUUUGCAUCGACAUCAUAACUAAAAGAAAAAUUACAUACAUUUGGGUUUUCUAGAUUAGUAUUUUUUAGAGUAAAAUUCCAUACUACAAUUUAGUGUAAUGUGUCAUAUUAUUAAAUAUGAGUAUUUCUUAUUCAUAUAAGAUAAACUUUCAUGACUUAUCUUAUUUCUUAUUAGUACUAAGUGCCCAUAAAACACUAACAUUGAAAUGUUAUGAGGACUUUUUUUUCAUUGAAUA